AAAAUUUACAAAAAUAUGAAACAUACUAUCUUACGCAGUGCGUUAGUUGGGAAAGAAGUAAAACGGCUGCUGACUAUUUUUACGCUUAACCGACAGAAUAACAUGGAUGCUACGAGACAGAAUAUUCAAGUGAUAGAAAAAAUAAAAUGCAGUGAUCAAAUACGCAAGAAUGAUCUUGAAGAAGUUUUAUGUAAUAUAAAAGAGCUUCUUAAUUCUAAAGACAAGUGGCAACAAUGGCAAGGUAUAUGUUUGCUGAAAGUUACAUUGAAAAAAACUGGCAAUGACAUUUUAGGUGAUUAUACCUUAUUAUGGAUUCGCCAAAUAACUCAAGUACUAAACACGAUACCUGCUAAAAAUGUAUUGAAAGUAUGUUUCUAUAUCCUUAUUGACUUGUUAAAAAGAUCUGUUGUAUUUGAUAAGUUAUCUAGGGAGAUUGCUCUUAAUGUUGUAGAACCGCUGCUGAAAAUAGUUCUUGAACCCAGUUUGGAUAUUAUAUGUGAAACCUUUGAGCUAAUUUCAAUUUGUAUUCAAUACUAUCCAGCUGCAUGUGGACAAUAUUAUACAACUAUUGAAAUGGUGAUUGUGACAGUUUUAUUUUCUCAAAAUGAAUCUCUAAGUGCUUCUGCUUGUACUUGCUUUCCAUUGUUAGCUUUGUGUGGCUCUGGUGGUGAACGACGUAUAAAACAAGCUGAACGCUAUGAAUUACUGUUUAAGCGAGUUCUAAAAACAAUUUUAGAUUUGACCCUAAAAUGUUCAGAUCAUUUAAUGGGAAAAGAAAGACAGUUAUUUGGAGAAAGUGAUAUAAAACUGAUUGAUUUUGAACCUUCUGUGUAUAAUGGAGAUGCUGUUGUUUUGUAUAGUUCUUUACGAUUAACAAGACUGUUAUAUGUUGUUAAUGCUUUUGUUAUGCAACCAGUGUCUUUCAAAAUAGACAUUCCAAUUAAUCAUCUAAUGACGAUUUUUACAUCUGUUGCUGAAUUAAUGCAUGUUCCUACUAAUGAAACACAACAAAGACUUGGAGUUGAUGCAUCUUUUUCAAAAAUAUUCAACGGAUUGCUAAAAUGCAUUGUUAAUUCAGUGCAUCAGUUUUCCUCUUUACUCUUGUCAUAUAGUUCUGUUAUUUUGAAGGUAAUACUGAUUGGAUUUUCCAGAGAUUCUUGUAUAGUUAAUACUUAUGAAUGUUUUGGCAUGAUUUUUACAAAAUGGAAAGGGGUAGCAUCUAAAACAUCUUUUAUAGAAAACAUUUUGAAGUAUGUCAUUGCAGAUAUAAAAUUUGAUAAGCCUGAAAAAGUUGUUGUCAACGAUGAAAGUUCAAAGAAAAGAAAUAAAGGGAAAACUUUAAGUCAAAUGAUACAAAAGGAAUUAAACUGUAUUACUCAUCAAGAAAAUGCUACUUUCCUUCAAGAACAGAAAGCAUUUUCUGCUCUCAAACUCCUUGAAAUUAUAUUGAAUAACUCUGGGUCAAUUUUAGAAGUUGGUUGCAUAAAGUUAAUAAUUGCUAGGAUAUUUAGCAUUAUCCAAGUGAUUUAUAGUAUAAAUAAUACCUAUGGAACCAUAUAUGAAAACAAGUAUGUUCGAAAGAUGGUUUUUCAAAUUGCAUAUGCUCUAUUAAAUUUAAACCAUCAUUUAUUAAAUGUGCCAGUUUCAAUUCUUCUUACUAUUUUUCAAAAGGGUGUAAAUGAUAAAUACAGUUUGGUAUCUGAGUACUGUCAAACUUGUUUAUUGAUGUGCGAUGCAAUAAUUCACAGUUCAAAUCCUUCAUUUUGCAAAGAAUCGCUAGAGAGUAAUCUUUUUAAAGAUCUUGCCACUAAUACAUUUCAGACAGCAUUGGAGACUGAAAGAUUUUCUAUACAAUUUCAAAAAGAACUUCAAAAAGAACAGGUUAAUAAUGAACAAACACCGAAAGUUCAAGAGAGUAUAAAAAGCUGUGAGUUGUUAAAGAAAAAUGAUACUUUAACAAUAGAUGAUAUCCAAUACUCAGCAAUGCUCUCAGAUAAUCUGCAUCAGAAUAAAGAGGUUUCUAAAGAAGCAAACGAUAAAAAUCUGAACAUAGUUGUUGUUGAUAGCAGCGAUGAAGAAAAUAAUAAUUUGCAAAAUCAUACCAUGCUUAUUGAUAAAAGCAGUGAAAAUAAUAUAAAAUUUGAAUUUAGCAAUGAAAAAAACAAUUCAGAGAUUACUCUAGCUGCUAGAAAAAGAGGUCAUCAUUCAGAAGACCAUGAAUGCAAUCCCAUUGCCAAAAAAAUAACAAUUUCUAAACAGUUUGAUAACGAUCCUGUAACUUCUAAUGAGUCAGAUGAAUUUAAGGAAAUAUUGUGCGAUUUUUACAUAGAAUGAAUGUCAAAUGUAGGUAUUAUGAUAAUAAAAUUAAAAUUAGUUUUAA